UUUUAAUUAAAGCAAUAGAGAAUCCGCUCUCUUUUACGAUCAGUUAUAGACUUCCAUUGAAGCAAAAGAGUCUCGGCUCUCUUCACUAGUCACAAUCGCUAGGUGCAAGCAAAUGAAUUUAGGGUUUCAGUAAUUGACACUGUGUUGAGCUCGAUACAGUGGUGUUGAUCUUCAAUUCAGUUAUCAAUGGAGGUUCCUUUGAUGGCUCUGCCUCAAAAUCACACUUCUUCUGGCGUAGAAUCAUAUACGAGAGGACAUAAACGGCUAAAACUUUCUAAUGAUGGAGAUGAAUACAGUAGUGUGAACUUAUCCGGACCUAAGUGCAUUGGAACUGCAGAGAAGAAAGGGAAACCCUCUCCUAAAGUUUUGGAUUACUCUGAUCCAUUUUCCAUAUCCAGUUUGAUUGACAGGUUAGACUCAGGUAGAUAUGGAAGUGUCACAAAAGAUAUAGAAGCUCUCAUUUCUCGGAAGCUUCAAGUGUUCAGCCCCUACCUCAAGAAGCAUCCUGUGCUGUCAAAAGUCUUACUAGAUGGGGAAAAGAGCUCAAGUGAAUAUUCUUCAACAGCACAAGAAAAUGUCAUUGUCCUGGAGGAUGACAUUGUUGCAAAUGAUCGUCCAGCGGCAGCGUCAGCAUUACCACCAGCGUCAACAAGGCCUGUUGUGAUUCUGGAUUCUGAUGAAGAAGACAGUGCAGAUCACAGGCCAACAUAUCACUUCCAGGAGGUAGUCUUGCCAAGGUCCAGUGGGCAAUCUCGCCUGGAAAUAGAGGUUAGAACUCAUGUGGAAGGAAAAAGUCUGGGAAAUUUGGUAAUUUCAGCUGCUGGACUCAAUAUCAAGAGAGAGAGAGCCAUUUAUGGUGUUGAUGCUGAUAUCAAGAGAGAUAUUGGUACUAAUAUCCAGAGAGAUAAAGGUGUUUAUGUUGGUGCAGAGGAGUAUGAUGAUGAUCAAUAUGAGCCUGCGCCUGAAGAUGAUGGUCUUGGAGAUAUUUGGAAUGAGAUGUCAGUGGCAUUGGAAUGUUCUAAGGAUGUUGCGGAAUAUCCUUCAGCCGAUGAACACAUGCAAGAAGAUGAAGAAUAUUGUGAUCACUCUUUUGUUUUGAAGGAUGACUUAGGUGAUGUUUGUCGUGUGUGUGGGAUUAUUAAGAGAAGAAUUGAGACUAUAAUUGAGGUUCAGUAUAACAAAAAAAGGAGUACACGGACAUAUGCAUCUGAUUACCGGAUUACCAAGGAUAAAGAUUCUAAUGUGGUUGGGGUAGAAUUACCUGAAGAGGAUUUGCCAGUAACUGAUGUCUCUCCUCAUCCAAGGCAUAUGAAGCAUAUGAAACCUCAUCAAGUGGAAGGUUUCAAUUUUCUUUGCAGUAACCUGGUAUCAGAUAAUCCUGGGGGCUGCAUCUUGGCCCAUGCUCCUGGAUCUGGAAAGACAUUCAUGAUCAUCAGCUUUAUGCAGAGUUUCCUAGCCAAAUAUCCACAGGCUAGACCUCUAGUGGUGCUUCCCAAAGGAAUUUUGGCUACUUGGAAAAAGGAGUUCCAGAUAUGGCAGGUUGAGGAUAUUCCACUAUAUGAUUUUUAUACCGCAAAAGCGGAUAGUCGGAUGCAGCAACUAGAGGUCUUGAAACAGUGGGUUGAGCAGAAGAGUAUCCUUUUCUUGGGGUACAAACAAUUUGCCUCCAUCGUCUGUGAUGAUACAAACAGCAAGAUUUCCUCUAAUUGUCAGGAGAUAUUGCUCAAGAAGCCUGCAAUUCUCAUUUUGGAUGAAGGGCACACUCCAAGGAAUGAGGAUACUAAUAUGUUACAAUCUCUUGCUAAAGUGCAGACGCCUCGAAAGGUUGUGCUUUCUGGAACUCUUUACCAAAAUCAUGUCAAGGAGGUGUUCAACAUAUUGAAUCUUGUUCGCCCUAAGUUUCUUAGAUUGGAUUCUUCCCGGGGUAUUGUUAAGCGCAUCAUGAGUAAAGUGCACAUUCAAGGAGUGAAGAAACAUCUUAAGACAGGGGAGACAGUUUUUUAUGAUCUUGUAGAGCACACCAUACAGAAAGAUCAAGAUUUCAAAAGAAAAGUGUCCAUCAUUCAAGAUCUUCGAGAGAUGACCAGAAACGUCCUUCACUAUUAUAAAGGAGACUUCUUGGAUGAGCUUCCUGGACUUGUUGAUUUCACAGUAGUACUCAACCUUAGUCCAAGACAAAAGCAGGAGGUUGAGAAGCUGAAGAAGUGGGCAAGGAAAUUCAAGGUAAGUUCUGUUGGCAGUGCUGUUUAUCUGCACCCCAAGUUGAAUGCUGUGAGUGAGAACUCUUUAAUGUCUGAUGGUAAGAUGGAUGAAAUUUUGGACAAGUUGGAUGUGAGAGAUGGGGUAAAAGGUAAAUUCUUCCUCAAUAUGUUGAGUUUGUGUGAGUCAGCAGGAGAGAAGUUACUGGUUUUCGGUCAGUACCUCGCGCCAUUGAAAUAUUUAGAGAGACUAGUUGCGAAAGUGAAGGGCUGGGUGGUGGGAAGAGAAGUCUUUGUGAUCUCAGGUGAAUCAAGGGCUGAAGAUCGUGAGAUGUCCAUGGAUCAUUUCAACAAUUCCACUGAUGCCAAAGUUUUUUUUGGAUCAAUUAAGGCCUGUGGAGAGGGAAUUUCUUUGGUUGGGGCAUCACGCAUCAUAAUAUUGGAUGUGCAUCUCAAUCCUUCCGUCACUCGCCAAGCAAUAGGACGUGCAUUCCGUCCAGGCCAGAAUAAGAAAGUGUACGCAUAUAGACUGGUUGCUGCAGAUUCACCUGAAGUGGAAGAUCACAGCACUUGUUUUAGAAAGGAAGCCAUUGCAAAAAUGUGGUUUGAAUGGAACGAGCGUUGUGGUUAUCAGAAUUUUGAGGUGGAGACAAUUGAUUUGAAAGAGUGUGGUGAUCCGUUCUUGGCGAGUCCCCAGUUAGCACAAGACGUGAGGGUUCUGUACAAAAGGUAGUUCUUGACAUGAGAGGAUUGAAGCACUUAAAUGGCAGAAUAGUUAUUUACCUCUUUUCUGACUUGGGUCUGUAUAUGCUACUUAUCCAUUUUUGUUUUCUAGUCCUCUAUUAGAGAGACAAACUGGUAGUCCUCUUAGAUGUUCUUGAAUUCGAAUUCUUUAAAAUUCUGUUAAUAUCAGUAUCAGCUAAAGUUUAGGAAUCAGCCUUGUUUCUGGUUAAUGACUGUCAUUAUAUGCAAGGGCUAUUUUCUUUUUCUGCUUAA